AUGGGAAAGGAGGAGAUUAGGAAGAGUACUUAGUGUUCAUAAUUACUAGCAAGAGGCAAAAUAGUAGGCCCAGGCUGGCUGGAGAUGGUUCCAUUAUAUCCAAUUAACACCCACUUGAUUGUUCUUAAUUGCUUCGGUUUGAUGAGAGCAGAGCAGAGACAUCAUUGCUCGGGAUGGCAGAUACCACCUGGCCAUUUGCUGGUGUUCGAAACCUACCCAUGAAGUUGAGAAAAGUUCGUUCCAGAAGGACUGAUGAAUAAUUAUGGUUGGGAAUCCAAAUGACAUUCCACUUUGCUGAAAGAGAGUCUGGAAGGAAGGUGUCCCUGGAAGGACUGGAGACCUUCAGCUGCUUGGAAGAACUCAUUCUGGACAACAACCUUCUGCAAAACCACCUCCGUCUGCCCAGCUUGCCACACCUCCAUACUCUGAUGCUCAACAAGAACCAAAUAACAGAGUUGGAGGGGUUGCUGGAUCACUUGGCUGAAGUAGCCCCUUCCCUGGAGUUCCUUAGUUUGCUGGGAAAUGCAGCGUGUCCGAAUGAGCUGGUCUGCAGAGAUAAGGAUGAGGGAGACUACCAACGAUACAGGUAUUUCGUCCUGCACAAAUUAACCAAACUGAAGUUUCUGGAUUCUCGGAGAGUCAGCAGCAAGGAGCGCGAGGAGGCCAUUUUGAGGGGAGCCUUCAUGAAGGUGGUGAAGCCUCUCAAUCACCAGGAUUCUGUGGAAGAUGUUCCUACCUCAGCUCAGGCGUCCUACACACCUUUGCCUUCCGGAACCAGGAAUCUCACGCACCACAAAGGUGUUCUGGGGAAGUGCCGUUAUGUCUACUACGGGAAGCAUUCGGAAGGCAACCGAUUCAUUCGUGACGACCAACUUUGAAGAUCAAGAGGUGGUUCUGCAUAGCCCUGGCUCUUGUCCUGUGCUACUCACACAUCAUGCGUUUGCAUCUGCAGACCAAGAGGUACACACCACACAUCCACACAGACAUACCCGACGUUCAAACAAAGAGGAAAUGUAAAUCCAGUUAUCUCCUGCCCACUUGGCCAGGCCUGUCAAAAGCAUCCUUCAGCGUGUGCUUGAGUAGACUACAUAGAUUUUGACAUGAUUGCCUCUAAGCAGGCUCCAUCUACCCCAGUGACAGACGGCAGCAGCAAAGCACCAGACCUGACAGCAGGGACUCCAUGAUGGAUUGCCUGACCCCAAUGUUGCUGGCAAAAGGUCACACCUGGCUCUCACUGAGCAUGCUCAGAUGGUUGGGCGAGAAGCCUCUCCUCCUGGCUGCAGCCUGUUGAGUGUCAAAUCUACACGUCUGUCGAAAAAGAACGGUGCAGCUGGCGCCGCUAAAGGGCAUCACUUCCUCAUCCGACUUGAUUUUUCACAAGAAUUAAAUAUUUCAAGUGGGCCCACGAAGAACGUGUGGAGGGCACUGCGGGGUUGCAGAGAAAAAUAAACAUGGUUUAACAUUUAA